UGUGAUAAAUGAAUGAAGAGAAAACAUUGAAAUUCCAUUGAAAUUGAGGGAAAAAAAUCAAAUAUUUUUAAAAGAGAGAGAUUUUUUUUUAAAACAAAACAAAAAAAAAUGGGCAACAAACAAAGUGUUAAAUCACAUUUAGAAAAUAGUCAACGUACCGGUGUAUUUCAAUUGACCAAGGCAAAAUUAAAUGAAAUACCAUCGGAUGUAUUUCGUGUAACAACAUUACGAACAAUUGAUUUAUCAACAAAUCAUUUGAAAACAAUUCCAACAAAUAUUGCUAAUUUUAUCAAUUUACGAACAUUGAUACUGGAUGAAAACCUAUUGACCCAAUUACCUGAAGAGAUAUGUCGUUUAACAAAACUGGAAACAUUAUCGUUGGCUAGUAAUCAAUUGCAAACAUUGCCAAAAAUGCUUGGCGAUUUGAGGUCAUUAAGAAGUCUGAAUUUAUCUAAUAAUCGAUUGCAAAAAUUUCCCAUUGAAUUACGAACGAUAAGACAACUAGAUUUUAUUGAUUUAUCUAAAAAUAAAAUAACCGAAAUACCGGAUGGUAUUGGUGAUAUGCAAGCACAUGAAAUUAAUUUAAAUCAAAAUCAAUUAGAAAAAAUAUCUGAUGAUCUUUCACAAUGUCCACGUUUAAAAGUGUUACGUUUAGAAGAAAAUUGUUUACGUUUGGAUGAAAUAACACGUUCAAUAUUAAGUGAAUCACAAAUAUCAUUAUUGGCUGUUGAUGGUAAUCUAUUCGAUAUUAAACAAUUACGUGAUCAUCCUGCAUAUGAUCAAUAUAUGGAACGUUAUACGGCGACUAAGAAAAAAAUCUAAAAAAACCAUAUUUAAUUUUAACCCAUCUCAACCUUAUCCUUUCGAAAAAAAAUUUGACCACCACUAAUCAUGAUAAACA